AUGUCUAUGUGUCUGGCCUCUUACUGUGAGACUCUCCUGGAGCCCCACCACAGGGUGGCGCUGUUCAAAAAACACCAGCUGAUCAACCCUCUGGAGGACCUGAAGCAGAAGGUCUGCAUGAAGCAUGACAGACCCCUGGAGAUGUUCUGUAGGGAAGAACAGACGUGUGGGACAGUUACUCACAUAACUGUACCAAUGUCAGAAGAGUGUGAAGUGACGAAGGCUCAGAUGGUGAAGACUAAGCUUGAAGUUCAGAGGAUGAUCCAGGAGAGGCAGCAGAACUUAAAGGACAUCCAACAGGCAAGACUUGAAGCAGAACAAAUGCAGGCUGAGGUCUUCAUCGAAGAACUGCAGAGGGAAGUCACAGAGAUGAAUAGGACAGACACUGAGCUGGAGAAGCUUUGAAAUGUUGAGGACCACUUCAGUCUACUGCAGAGCUGCCCGUCUCUCUGUUCCUGGCCACCUACCAGGGACUGGUCUGAGAUCAGUGUUCACAACAGUGUGUGUGUGGUGACUCUGAGAAGAGCCAUGCUUCAGCUGGAAGAGACUGCAAAUAAAGAGAUGGAGAGGUUUCCUGAAGUCAAGCUGAAGAGGAUCCAACGGUACACAGUGGAUGUAUCUCUGGACCCUGAUACAGCAAACAACCAACUAAUACUGUCUGAGGACCGGACCAAAAUACCAGUUGGGAAGACAAAACAAGACCAGAAACCUGAAAAACCUGAAAGAUUUGACACUUUUCGCCACGUUUUAGGAGAUGAGGGGUUCUCCUCAGGUAAAUUUGACUAUGAAGUGCAGGUGAAGGGAAGGACUGGCUGGGCUGUGGGAGUGGCCAGAGAGUCCAUCAACAGGAAGGGGGUUAAUCUACUGGGUCCUGGGAAUGGAUCUUGGGCUCUGGUGUUGUGGGAUGGAGAGUACCAGGUUUAA